CUCUCUUCUACUUCAUUUCAAGGGGAAAAAAAAAUGCCUGCUGAAUUUUGGACUGUCUUUUUGGUUGAAAUUGACGCCCAAUCAGAGCCUCUACAAAUUCGUAAUCCCAAUUUCCCUUUGAGGUUGAGGUGACCUCCAAGCUUCACUCUCAGUCCUUCUCAACUGCACAAUGCGGGUUCAAUAAAUUUUAAAUCUACAGUAGAUCUCCGAGAUUCUCUUGCCUUUCGCUCAAGGAAGGCUUUCCGCCUCGAAACGUUUCGAUGGUUAAGAGUCAAUGUAAAGGUCAAAUCUUGACAAGGGAGGAGAAGGUGUUGCGGAGAUCUCCUAGACUGUCCCCAUCUGUAGUAAGAACUAAAAGCAGCUGUUCAAAACGCACAUUGCAAAAUCAUUCUGCACAACUAAGGGCAUCAGUAGAAUUGGAUGCUGAACCAUUACUGAAAUGGCAUGGUGAUGAUAACUGUAGAUUAUCUGAUUCCUUGGAUGAACAACCCUUUAAGAGGGUUAAGACCUUUUCAGCGAAUUCUGAUUUGGAAAUGUUGGAGGAUGAUUACUUGUCUCCCAGAAGCACUAACUCUGCCUUUGGUGUUGAAAAUGGGAAAAAAAGUAGUUUGAUUGAGUUGCCUGAAUCAGCUGAGAAGCAGCCUCCAGAGAACAAGUCAGGUAAAUUGCACUUAACAGAGAAGAUUAAGCUCUUGUCUUCAGAGAAGGAACAAAAAUUUCCGUGUACCGUAAUUGGAGAUCCUAUCCCAAAUGAGGAAGCGCAAAAAAGGUGGUGUUGGCGGUAUGAAAUGAAGAGUCAAAGAUCCAAUUGUGGAAGGCUCACAUCAGAUGAUGAUGAUGAAGAUAAGAUUGUUUGGAAUGUGGAGUGCCAUUAUGCUCAAGCUAAAAUUGAUGGGUCCAUCUUUGAUCUUGGAGAUUGUGCAUAUAUAAAGGGUGAAGGAGAAGAAAUGCAUAUUGGCAGGAUUGUAGAGUUUUUCAAAACAACAGAUGGAGAAGAGUAUUUUAGGGUGCAAUGGUUUUACAGAGCUGAAGAUACAGUUAUAAAAGAAGAGGCUUCUUUCCAUGACAAGAAGCGUUUAUUUUAUUCAACAGUAAUGAAUGAUAAUCCAAUAGAUUGCAUUAUUUCGAAAGUCAGUGUUGUACAGAUAUCACCUAUGAUAGGUUCAAAAUCUCAUUCAAUUCCUCCAUCUGACUUCUACUUUGACAUGGAAUAUAGUGUUGACUACUCCUCAUUCCGUACGCUGCUGAUUGGUACUUCUAAUGACUCACCUCCCGUUCCGUCAUCACCUACUUCGGUCAUGCCUUCAACUACAGCAGCUACUCCUACUCUUGCUCUUCGAAAAGAUGUUGCUUUGAACAGACAUAAUUUAUUGACAACCAGUGUAGCUGAGCCUCUUUCCAAAACAUCUAAAAAUACUUCAAUGGAAAAUAUGCUCAACUGUGAAAGUUACAAAGCAGAAUUGGCCCUAUUAGAUCUUUUUUCUGGUUGUGGGGGGAUGUCAACAGGGUUAUGCCUGGGUGCCAAACUUUCUUGUGUUGAGCUUGUGACGAGAUGGGCCCUCGAUAGUGAUAAGUCUGCAUGUGAAAGCUUGAAGCUAAAUCAUCCAGAAACCCAUGUUAGAAAUGAAGCUGCUGAAGAUUUUCUUGAACUAUUGAAGGAAUGGGAAAAGCUAUGCGAAAAGUAUGUGGUUAAGGACAUAGAAAGUAUUGAUCAAUUAAGAUCAAGUACUUCGACAAUGGCCAAUGAAAAUGAAAAUUCUCCAGAGGAUAUUGAUAUCUCUUCGGGUGAAUAUGAAGUUUCAAGACUUGUUGAUAUUUGUUUUGGCGAUCCUACUGGGACAGGAAAACGUGGAUUGAAAUUUAAGGUACAUUGGAAGGGUUACUGUUCAAAUGAUGAUACAUGGGAACCAAUUGAAGGCUUAAGCAACUGCCAAGAAUGCAUAAGGGCCUUUGUAAGACAUGGCUUCAAGACCAAAAUCUUGCCACUUCCAGGUGAUGUUGAUGUAAUUUGUGGUGGACCUCCAUGCCAAGGGAUUAGCGGCUAUAAUCGCUUCAGAAAUGUCAAAUCUCCUCUUGCUGAUGAAAGAAAUCGUCAGAUUGUUGUCUUCAUGGACAUUGUGCAGUUCUUGAAGCCUAAAUUUGUACUGAUGGAAAAUGUUGUUGACAUUCUUAGAUUCGAUAAAGCUUCUUUUGCAAGAUAUGCUUUAAGUCGUUUAGUACAUAUGAAAUACCAAGCAAGGCUUGGAACCAUUGCAGCUGGCUGUUAUGGUCUUCCACAAUUCCGGUUGCGUGUUUUCUUGUGGGGAGCUCAUCCCAAGGAGAAACUACCCCAAUUUCCGCUUCCUACUCAUGAUGUUGUUGUCAGAUAUUGGCCUCCACCUGAGUUCGAGCGGAAUACUGUUGCCUUUGAUGAAGACCAACCUCGCGAGCUUGAAAAGGCCUCAGUUCUUCAAGAUGCCAUUUCUGAUCUUCCCUAUGUCACAAGCCAUGAGACCCGUGAGGAAAUGGUUUAUGAUAAGCCUCCAGAAACAGAGUUUCAAAGGUUUAUAAGGUCAACAGAAUAUGAGAUGACUGGUUUCUCACAUGGAGGCACUACAAAAACAAAGAAUUUAUUAUAUGAUCAUCGUCCAUACACAUUGACCGAAGAAGACUAUGCUCGAGUUUGCCUAAUCCCCAAAAGAAAGGGAGCAAAUUUCAGGGACCUACCUGGUGUAGUUGUAGGAAGUGAUAAUGUUGUCCGCCGGGAUCCAGAAAAGGAGCAAGAGCUGUUGCCAUCUGGAAAGCCACUUGUACCAGAUUUUGCAUUCACCUUUGAACAAGGAAAGUCAAAAAGGCCAUAUGCAAGAUUAUGGUGGGACGAGACAGUGUCAACUGUGGUGACAUACCCAGAUCUUCACAACCAGGCAGUGGUACAUCCAGAGCAGGAUAGAGUCCUCACUAUAAGAGAAUGUGCAAGGCUGCAAGGUUUUCCUGAUUACUAUAAAUUCUCUGGAACAGUUAAACAAAGGUACCGUCAGAUUGGCAAUGCAGUUGCUGUUCCUGUAGGCAGAGCCUUAGGAUACGCAUUGGGGAUGGCAUUUCAGAAACUGAGCAGUGGAAAUGAACCACUCUUCAAACUCCCUCCUAAGUUCUCUCAUUCAACUAAUCUCCAAUUAACUAAAUCACUGUUCCAUAAGACUCACUAGAAUUUUCUUAACUUGACCGUUGCACUGUUUGAAUUUCUUUAAAAAUUGUAUUAUUUACUGUUUGUCACUGAAGCUGCUUCCUUGUUACAUUUAGUGAAGCACUUUUGAGCAGAAAUUGUGGUAAAUACACUUUGAUGUUUGAUUGUGAUGAAACUCCUAUGGGAAUUUUUUUCAUGUUCGGCGGUUGUAAUAAAACUGUUGGAUAACAACGGAUGUAUUCUACAA